CUCGAAGCAUUCGCAACCAAACAGAAAGGAUAGGAUAGGAUACAAUGCUCAUCAAGGUCAAGACUCUUACUGGCAAGGAGAUUGAGCUCGACAUCGAGCCUUCUGACAAGGUUUCCAGAAUCAAGGAGCGCGUUGAGGAGAAGGAGGGUAUCCCACCAGCACAGCAGCGUCUUAUCUUUGGUGGAAAGCAGAUGAGCGACGAGAAUACCGCUGAGUUUUACAAGUUGGAAGGAGGGUCUACGCUUCACUUGGUGUUGGCUUUGCGAGGAGGAGCUUUGUAA